AUGUCUGCUUCCGCUGCCUCGCCGCCGAACCUCGCAUCGGAUGCCCAGCCGACCGCUCGUGCGGGUCGCCUCCGCCGACUCAGCCAGCUGCGCGCCUACACCCAGAGCUAUCUCACCCCGCAUUCUUCCUCGUCUGCUUCCUCGUCGUCCUCCUCUGCCAACCCGCGAAGCUAUCGAAACAGCCUGUCUCGCGUUGUCGGCCUCUCCUCGCCAUUGCUCUCGACCAGUGCUUCCUCCGAGUCUGCUACUCCCCAGUCGCCGACAGCCGCAGAAAGUGCUCGUGCUCACCCACCGUCGUCCGAGUCUUCGCAAUCCUCCACCCCGUCGCAUGAGCCGCAGAGCCAGCAAGUAGGAAACGGGGUACAGAAUAUGGCCUCUGCUGCGGGCGACGCCUCCGCCUCAGUCAGUCCAGGUUCGACAAAUGGCCAGUCCAGUGCAACCCCCCAAAAUGCCCCCGAUCGCCCAGCAGCGCCGGAGAACUCUUCCGCAGCCCCCAGACCGAAACAGGAGGCCACGAUCCGGUUUUUCGCCUACCAAGACCCCCAUAACCCUGGCAGGCCGUCGUUGCCUUUCUCGCCCAUGUCCCGCACCCUCCCAUCCGAGAACUCGGUCAUCCGUGUAGGACGAUACUCCGAGCGAGAUGGUGUGCCGGUCGCCAACCCAACUGAGCCGUCAGACGCCCCCAUCGGAUUCAAGUCGAAGGUGGUCAGCCGGAAACACUGCGAGUUUUCCUACUCCAACGGACAGUGGUAUAUCAAAGAUGUAGGGAGCUCGUCGGGGACCUUCUUGAACCGAAUGCGCCUGAGUCAGCCCAACAUGGAGUCCCGGCUGUAUGCGGUUCGAGACGGCGAUAUCGUCCAGCUGGGUAUCGAUUUCCGCGGCGGAGAGGAGAUGAUCUUUCGAUGCGUCCGGAUACGGAUCGAGUGUAACCGUUGCUGGCAACAGAGACCAAACGAGUUCAACAAAAACACGGAAACCUUGAUCAAGAACCUGGGCAAGGGCGAUGCUGCUGACGAUUUUUCGGGUUGUCGAGAGUGUUCCAUUUGUUUGGGGUCGGUUCUGAGACCGUAUCAGUGUCUGUUCAUGGCGGCGUGUGCCCACGUGUGGCAUUACAAGUGUAUUCGCCGGUUGCUUCACACCCCAGAUUACCCCAUGUUUCAGUGCCCCAACUGUCGUGCUUGGACCGAUCUGAGUGCCGAAGUGGACGACUCGGACGAUUCCGAUAAUGAGAGGCGGGCAACACGUCGUGAGCUUCCUUCCGGGACGCAGAACAAUCCGGAGAAUGAAGAGACUCGGGGAUCGCAGUGUCCGCAGGCGAACGGUGCAUCACAUUCAUCAGACGCAGAACUGGCUGCCGUCACCGAGAACAUGCGGCUGGAAGAGAGAGGAACAUCCGGGCAGCAAGCGGAAAAUCCGGACAGCGCGGGUACCACGCAAGACGAGCCUAACGGCCGAAGUGCCAAUAUCCCAAUUCCGGCUCGAUUAUCACCGACCGAAACGCCGUCAGGUGCGUCCCGACACGGCCAGUCGCAACGCCGCUCCGACACUCCUGGCAGUGCUGAGACCUUUGAAGACAACCCGAUGACACCUAGGAACGACAGCGGGCCGCUGGCCUUUGAUGGCCGGGCUGGACGUUUAUGA